AUGCUUUUGGAGAAUCAGUCUUUUAUCAAGACACUUGCUGUGGAAGACCCAAUUCAGGCUCCUACUUGUAGAAGACCCAAUUCAGGCUCCUACUUGUGGAAGACCCAAUUCAGGCUCCUACUUGUGGAAGACCCAAUUCAGGCUCCUACUUGUGGAAGACCCAAUUCAGGCUCCUACUUGUGGAAGACCCAAUUCAGGCUCCUACUUGUGGAAGACCCAAUUCAGGCUCCUACUUGUGGAAGACCCAAUUCAGGCUCCUACUUGUGGAAGACCCAAUUCAGGCUCCUACUUGUGGAAGACCCAAUUCAGGCUCCUACUUGUGGAAGACCCAAUUCAGGCUCCUACUUGUGGAAGACCCAAUCCAGGCCACAUCUUCUGGAAGACCCAAUCCAGGCUACACCUUCUGGAAGACCCGAUCCAGGCUACACCUUUUGGAAGAUCAAAUCCAGGCUACACCUUCUGGAAGAGACAAUUCUGGCUCUUGCUUCUUGA